GACUGGGAUAAUCCGUGCACGCUGGGCUUCCGUGUUCACAGUAACCUUCCGCGGCACCGCGAGCAGGGCGCUCCGUGACGUAGAUCGUCAAACUACUCCAAUAGCCUGGCUCCGCGCACGGCUGCCUGCUACUAGCAUGGAGCACGGGACCCCGCUCUCCGAGCCGCCCCCGGAGGCUCUAAAAGUGACGGAAGGAGUGGAAACCUCCGCCCAGCAGGAGGAGACAGAGAAACCACUGAAUACUGAAGAAGAUACUCAGAAGAAAAAAAGAUUUAGAAGAAGAUAUAGGAAACCUAAAUCACAAGUACAGGAAUCAAAACCAAAGCAUAGUUUUCUAGCAGAGCUGCCUUUUGCAAAUGUAGAUAUUGGAGCCGCAUUUGAAAUCCCCAAAACCCUGGAGAAAAAGGGGAAAAACAAAAGGAAAAUAAAUAAUCUCUCAGAAAACAAAGAUGAUGAUAUGAGUAAAAAGAAAAAGACAGCAAAUUAUUUUGUAUCUUUUCCUAUUUCAAAUCCUAAGAUUCUUGGAGACAUUCAGACAUUUCAGGAUGCUGUGUUAGAGAAGGAUGAACGACUUACCAGAGCUAUGAUUCCCAAGGGCUCGUUCCACAUUACCCUUUUUGUAAUGCAUCUAUCAAAUGAAGAUGAAGUUAAUUUAGCAAUGAGUGCCCUUUUGGAAAGUAAGAAACCAAUUGAAAACGUUUUGGAGGGAAAAGAAGUGGUUCUCACAUUUCAUGGUGUGGACGAGUUUAAACAUGAAGUUGUAUAUGGAAAAAUUAGAGAAGGAGAAAGUGUUGAUACACUUACAAAGAUUGCUGAGAUAAUGGUGAAGAUAUUUCAAGAGAAAGGCAUUAUUACAGUGGGAUACAAAGGUUUUGUUCCCCAUUUGACCUUCUUGAAGCUGUCAAGGGCACCCAAGUUACGUAAGCAGGGAAUCAAAAAAAUUGAUGCAAGCCUGUACAAGGACUUUCAAGAUCAUUAUUUUGGAGAUGAUACAUUGUUCCGAAUCGACCUUUGUUCAAUGCUAAAGAAACGGCAGUCGAGUGGGUACUACCACACUGAGGCAUCAAUCUACAUUGAUUCUUCAUCUCAUCUACAUCGUAAAAUGAAGCCAGGCAUUAAUGACAUCUCAGUUUCUGGAGCAGUUUUGAAGGUGUUUCCAAAAUCUGUGCCUUCGCCAAAAAAGAGGAAUAUAUCUAAGGAUGAAUCCACACCCAGUACUUCUAAUAUUUUCUCAGGGAGCUCAGUUUGCAAUUGUAGAGAUCUUCACACUGAUGCCGGUAUGUUUUCUGAAGAUACCAGCACGGGUUUGACAUUUUUCAGUAAACUUGACAAGAUAUCCACCCUAUCUAAAGAAGCACAGAAACUAACAGAAGAUCCUCCGUUUAAAUCAGCGAGUGUUAAUGCUACUCGAUCAAGAACACACAUAUCAACAUGUCCAGAUAUUAGUACAGGUUUGCAAAAUGCAUAUUCGGUGGGAGUGCAAACACUUCUUGUAGGAGAUAGGGAAUUAACAAGUCAGCAAGUAGUAUCUCAGACAUCUGGUGUAGUACAUGAACACAUUUCCCAAACAAUCACAGACACUAACCAGCAGAAUGCACAGCAGUUUAGCAAUUCUUGCAGUCUAGGCCAUCACCCAGUCAAAGCUUCUAUAGAGAAUUUAGUGUCUCUGCAAAAACAUAAAAUGCAAGCUGAGAAAGAGCAAUGGGAAUCCAAUGAGAAAAUUAUGAAUCUGGUAUUGGAGAGAUUAACAUCGAUUCAGGAACAGCAGAGAUACACCAAUAAAAACCUCAAGGGCAUAAGGAAUGAGCUAGCUUACAUAGGUAAGCAGUUAGGUCAUAUAGUGCAACAUUUCCAGCCAUCAGUUGGCAUCUCCACCUCUGGUCAAUCACAUCUAACAGAGCAUGCAUCUGGUGACCAAGAAGGUGAAAAAGAGCAGUUAUUAGUGAACACAGACGUGCUUAAAGUUGACGAUUCCUGCCAUGCUGCUGUAGAAGAUUCUAAAAACAUGGAGGUUUUAAAAAAAUGAUCUGCUACUUGCCAAUUAGCAACCAGUUUACAGAUUUUCCAAAUCUGCAUGUACAUAUUUGUUGUUUUUAUUUGAAUUUUAUUUUUUAUACAUAUAAAUCAUAGUCUAGGCCCAAGUCAGAAUUAAAAGGCAGAAUAAAACAAUUUUUCAUGAAGCAUAGGCUAAAUUUGUGCCCGCAACAGGGUUCACUGUGAUGAAUGUCUGUUCUAGAACAAACGUCUUGAUCCUCAUAGGCUGGUACUAGGGUUUACACCCUGGUGUAGAUGGUUAAAGCACAUCCAUCUCCCCAACUGACAAGCCCAGCUAAAACCUAGAUACCAUCCACAUUACACACCAGGGUUACACACUACGGGACACCCCCUGCCCUCCCCCAAGUCUCCUUGACCGGGGUCACUCCCUUCUAGUAACCAGCACAUAUCACCUCAUCAAAGAGACCGUUGUUACUGGACUUGUAUGGUACAUCUUGUUACAUUGCUCAGAGUGUAGAAGUGGUAAUUUUCUUCCUGUAAGGUUUUUGGAUACACAAGAUUCCAUGGCAGGAGUCCUUUCCUCCCUCCUUGUAUACAGCACAUAUAUGUUUCUCCUAUGAUGGUGAUGUUGCUGCUGGUUCAUGGAAUCAAUGUGUUACAGAUUGUCACAUACCUUAUGGCCUAUCAGGGGUAACUGUACUUUCUGGAGGGUUUAGGAAAUUGACUAUUUACCCCAGCCGGUUAUCCAGCGUUCCAAGACAGUAUAUAUUUGUUUUUUAGUUUAAUUACAUAUGGCAAUUAUAACUCAUGACUAAGAGUCUGAGUAAGACAUUAAAACAAUAGUUUUAAUUACUUAUAUUAAACGUUUAGAUAUACAACAAUGCACAGCAAUUGUAUAUUUAACGUUGAAUGGUUAGUAUGUUUGUAUAUAUACAUAGUUUUGUGUGUACACGACCCAUGGUCUUUUCCAUAGCAUUCACUUUCAGAGGCGUAGAGCACACAGGAAAUGAUGGGCAGACAGAUUUUUUGUGCUUUUAGCCUUGCUCUUAGCGAGCGGCAGGGUUGCUGCAGGGUACCAUAAUGGAGUCAGGUAGUGUGUGAUCUGCAUUUGCGGUUGGUGCUGACCCUUGCAGUCUGGCACUCACUAAUGUCUUAGAGCACAGGCUGGGAAUCCCGACAGCUGUGCUCUUACUGAGCAUCGGGCUCAUUAAGGACCACUGUACUUUGGUCUCCACCCUCCAGAGGUGCAAACAACACGCUCUGACACUCAACCACCAGGGAUCAUAUCCCUGCAGUAAGCUAAGCAGAAGGGGCAUCACAGACCACACACACACUACAGACAGACAGCACACACAAAUCGCACAUCGCCAGCCAGAUACCACAUCCACACACAUUACACACAGCCAACACACACAUUGCUCACAGCCAAAAGACACUCACACAGCCAUCACAUAUACACAAUGGGUUGGCACAGAGUGAGACAGUCUGGGUUAAUCAUUAAACUCUACAUUUUUGCAAACUACUGGUAAAUCUAAAUGAAAAAUAUGGAGGCAAAAGGUUGUGACUUGGAUUUUCAGAUCAAAAUUCUUUUUCUUCAGCUUUUCCAGUCAGUUUUAGUUUUUGAAAAUUUGGAGUUUUGUGAAUAACCUUGUAAAUGCCCAGGGCUCCAUGCAGGGGCCCUAAUCUGAAAUUAUGAUUUUCAUGACAGACAAGUAGAUUUUUUAAAAAAAUUUCUACACCCCUGCACUUAUUGAAGUGAAGUAGCUUGUUAUAAAAGUCUGCAAGUCGGGCUUUGUACAAGUUGACCUUUUUUUCACUUUUUAUGAAUCUUAUUUCAGUGUUCAGCUUUGCACAGCUACCUUUUCAUUGACAAUAUAGUGAAGAAAUUCUUGCUGGUAAACUAAUGGGUUUACAAGGAUAAAAAACAAACAACCAGAUAGUCCAGGACCAGUGGGGAUGAUAUAAAAUCCACAUUGCUAGAUAACUUCAGUGGAAUUCAGUUCCCCUUAAAAGGGUACUCUAAGCACCAUUACCACUACAGACCACUGUAGUAGUUAUGGUGCAGAGUCCCCUGGCACCAUCCGAUUAUUAGGAGUCAAACCGUUUUAAAUGGUUUGAAACAUAUCUGGUUCUAAGGGUGCCUGCAGUGUGGCCUCUCUUCGCAGUUAAAGCUAAAGUCCCCUGCCGCUUUGGCAAUACCAGUUUUGUUCCACUUUGGACAGAAUUCAUUGGUUGAGGAUUUUCAGCAAAUUAAUUCAGCCCAAAGAUGGAUGGAAUUGAUAUUGCUCAUGCAAAAGUAGUAACUUCCAUUUUAGCGAUGUCUGUAGUGAAAGGGAAAAGGGAGGUAGCAAAAAAGACGACCCUGGAGAAACACUUUUUAAUUCCAAAUUUUACUGCAUAUUUAAUUUGUAAAAUGACAAUCUGUUAUCACUCUCAAGUACUUAUGAUCCAUAUCCAGCAGUAUCAGUUGAAUAUGGUAACAAUAUACAAAGUUAUCGGUGCAUCAUCUGCACUUUUCUUGAUAAUUGUCUAUUUUUUGUGCAAAUUCUUUUGAGUAUUACAAAUGUACACAAUGUGAAAGGAAUGACCACUGUUUGUUGUGUGCAACUUUCCCUAAAUUAGUAUAUUAAAGUAAUAAUAUCAUUGUCAAUAAUCACAGAGCAGCCUAGAAUAUGUUUUAAUUGUGCCACAUAAGGUAUGUUAUAGCAACAAAUAUCAUUACUUUUUAUGUUGUAUUAUUGUGUUAGAAAUACAAAUUCAACACUUUGUACAUAUUUUAAGUGUGGUACCUGAAAAGCACACAGGUAAAGCUUAUUUACUAUACGUAAAUAAUAAUUUUGGUAAUGCGAUGUAAUCAACAUUUUUGAGUUAAUGUUCCAAGAAACCAAGUUGUAUAAUUAUGUUUAAGAGAAAAUGUUGGACAAUAUUUUUAUAUAUCAAGAUUUCAAAGUAGAGGACAUGCAUAAUAAUAUAUUUGCUAUACUUAAUAAUAAUGUGUUGUACAUUAAUAUGCUUUACUGUGAAAGUCCCAUCAAUAAAGGGCCAGCAAUGUCAUUUGUCAUACCUUCAAACAUUUUAGCACAAUUUAAAUAAAAU